CUCAGAAAAUAAAAACUUAAAAAAAAUCAUCCGUGUGACUAAAGGUUUGAGGAACUCAUGUUUUUCAGUAUUUCUCAAAUUAAUUGCACCUGAAGAAAGCAUCCACAACUAUUUUCUGAUCUUACCCCUGCCCCACCUCCUGGGGUAGUGUUCAGCACCUACUUAUUUUAUUUACUUAUAUUUAAAGGUCUGAACCAUCUGACAAUUUGUAUUAUCUGCAUAAUAUAUAUGUAUAUCCUAAAUAGGGUGUCACUUUCAAGGCCAGCGCCUGACAAUGCUCCGACAACAGCGCUCAUUAACUAUUUGCAGAAUGAAUCGAUGCACUUUUGGCAUACGUCAGUUCACUUCAGAACUUCUUUUCCUCAAAAUUUGUACUGCGGGUUCGGUGCAAAGCCUGCCCUAUCCCCUACCCAUCUCGUUGGCUUAAGUAUUCAGGCUCCUGGUUCUCAAGACCCGGAGGCAAUCUUCUCCCCCGUCUCUGCUUUGGGCAAGCUGAGUGGGAAACGAGUGGAGUACCCGCGUGGAGGAAAAGGGGCUUCCCACGCACUCAGGGGUGUGGAGCCCACCGUGCAAGCCGCCCUACGGGGGUAAGGCGAGCGGGAUUGCAACCCGAGGGGUCCGAUCCCAGCGCUGGAGGUAAGGCACAGCGCCCUCUUUCCCGUCGGAAUCUGCCCAGACCCACUUUCGAGCACCCGUUCCCCGGUGACAUCACUUUUCCGGACUCCCGAUUGGAGGAGCGUGUCAGCUAUAAUCUCGCGAUGACUCCUCCUUCAGGUCCUCUUGCCUCCCUCUCUUCCCCGCGACCCGGUAGUCGAUUGCAGACCACGUUGAGAGUCAUCGAGACGCCGUAGAACGAUACCAGCCUCCGGGACUAGUCUAGACGGCUGCAGCCCUUGGCAGACGCCCGCGGGCACGAGGCGCGGCUCGCAGGCGUCCGGCCGGCCAGACCCUCCACCGCGCGCGGCUGCACCGCUCGGCUCGGCCACUGGAUCAGCGCCACCAGUGACUACUAUUCUAUUUAAAAUGGUUGUAAAGAAAAAGAAAGAAAUGCAAGUUACUGCAUUGACCAUUUGUCAUCAGGACCUUGAAACUUUGAACUCUUUGGCUGAUGUGGAAGGAAAAAAUCUAGCUUCUUUGCUGUUACAUUGUGUACAGCUCACCGAUGGAGUGUCACAAAUCCCGUAUGUUAAACAGAUUGUACCUUUACUGGAGAAAGCAGAUAAAAAUGGCACAUGCGAUCCUACCAUUAGAAGUUGCUUGGAAAUUUUAGCAGGCAUUUAUCUUUCUUUGAGUCUAAAGAAUCCCUUGAAGAAAGUCUUGGCAAGCUCACUAAAUUGCCUACCCGAUUUUUUUCUGACUGAGGCCAUACAAAGUUUUACUUCUCGUCUUCAGGAAGAAUUAAACACCACUGAUCUAUACUCUUAUAGGAAAGUGAUUGACAAUAUAUCUUCCUGUCUAGAGAACUUUAACUUGGAGAAAAAAUUUGCUGGAAAUCAUAUUGUUCAAACACAGUUGAUGAAUGACUUGUUGGUAGGCAUUCGAGUUUCAGUGAUGUUAGUACAGAAAGCACAAGGCCUCCAGAGAAUUCAUUUGAAGAUUUCUGGUUCUCCCACAUGGCAGAGUAUGUGUGGAUUGCUGAGUAUUUUCACCAAGUUUUUAAGUGAUGAUGACCUCUUACAAACAAUUCAGAGUACAUCUGGAUUAGCUGUUAUUCUUUUUAUUAAAGCUAUGUUUCAUCCAGAGGAAAAGAUUCCCGAUUUGAUUAGUAGUUUGCUUCUCCGUUCCGUGGACUGCACCAGCGUCCCCGAGUGGUUUCUGAACAGCUGUAGGAGCCUCUGUUGUGUGGAUGUCUCUGAGUCGGCACUCUUAUUCCUGUGUCAGGGGACCCUCACCAUGUUGGACUGGCAGAACGGGAGGAUGGGCCCAAGUGGGGAGGCCCUGCUCUUGGAUACUGUGCAUGUUUUGUUCACCUUGAGUUCACAGAUCAAGGAAUCAACACUGGAAAUGUUUCUGUCUAGAAUUUUGGCAUCUUGGACUAAUUCAGCCAUACAUGUCCUUGAAUCAAGUUCUCCAAGCCUAAAGGACAGUCUGAAUGGGAAUUCAAGCAUAGUUAGGAGACUUUUGGAAUAUGUCUAUACCCACUGGGAACAUCCAUUGGACGCUUUGAGACACCAAACCAAAAUCAUAUUCAGAAAUAUUCUCCAAAUGCACCAGCUCACUGUAGGAAAGUCCGGCUUCGAAGAGUCAGAUUUGGCUGCUGAUGGUUUCAUUUUUGAAUUGACGGAGAGUCUUCUGCGAUUGGAAUGGCAUAUUAAAGGAAAAUACAUAUGCCUUGGUUGUGUAGUAGAUUGUAUCGGAGUUGAACAUAUUUUGGCAUUAGCUAAAACUAUUCCAUCUCAAAUCUUAGAGGUGAUGGGGGACCAGUCCCUGGUACCUUAUGCAAGUGAUCUCUUGGAAACCAUGUUUAAAAAUCAUAAGAGUCAUUUGAAAUCUCAGGCUGUGGACAGUACUUGGAUUGACAAAUGGCAUGAGACUUGGGUUUCUCCUCUCCUUUACAUACUGUGUGAAGGAAAUCUGGAUCAAAAAUCUUAUGUGAUUGAUUAUUACUUGCCAAAAUUAUUAAAUUGCAACCCUGAAAGUUUAAGCUACAUGGUAAAGAUUCUUCAGACUUCUGCUGAUGCUAAAACUGGGUCUUAUAAUAGUAGAGGGGCUCUGGGAGCUUUGAUGGCAUGUCUGCGAACAGCUAGAGCUCAUGGCCAUCUUCAGUCUGCAACUGAUGCCUGGCGGAGUCUUGUGUCCAGUGCAAGAAUAAAGCAAGGCUUAAUUCAUCAACACUGCCAAGUGCGGAUAGAUACAUUAGGCUUGCUUUGCGAAAGUAAUCGAAGCACAGAAAUCGUUUCCACAGAAGAAAUGCAGUGGAUUCAAUUCUUUAUCACAUACAAUCUUAAUAGUCAGUCUCCAGGGGUGCGGCAACAGAUCUGUUCUCUUCUUAAAAAGUUGUUUUGCAGGAUACAGGAAAGUUCUCAGGUACUUUAUAAACUGGAGCAAAGUAAAUCCAAGCACGAACCAGAGAAUGAGUUAACCAAACAACACCCAUCUGUUUCUUUACAGCAAUAUAAGAAUUUCAUGUCAUCCAUUUGCAACAGUCUUUUUGAAGCAUUGUUUCCUGGCUCUUCCUACCCAACUAGAUUUUCAGCUUUAACCAUUUUAGGCUCAAUAGCUGAAGUUUUUCCCGCCCCAGAAGGUCAAGCCCAGACAGUGUAUCAGCUGAGUCAUGAUAUUGAUGUUAGUCGUUUCCAAAUCCUAAUAGAAUGUUUUGCCAGCACUUUUGAAACAGUGAAAAUUUUAGCAUUUGAUCUUCUAAUGAAGUUGCCAAAACCAGUUGUACAAUUUCAGGAUUCAGAGAAACUGCAAGGCUUAUUCCAGGCAGCCCUGGCGCUCAGCACCAGCACCAAACCAUAUGACUGUGUAACAGCUUCCUACCUGAUGAACUUCUUAAUCUGGCAGAAUGCUCUGCCGUCAGCUCUGUCUGCCUACUUAAAAACUCAGCACAUUGCAUGUGGAGAUGGAGAUAAGUCUGCUGCUGUGGUGGAAAGGAACACGUUAAUGGUUAUCAAAUGCUUGUUGGAAAAUCUUGAGGAAGAAGUAAGUCAGGCUGAAAAUUCUCUGCUCCGGGCAGCAGCAUCAUUUCCAGUGUAUGGGCGAGUCCACUGUAUAACCAGGGCCUUGCAAAAGUUACCUCUCAACAGCCUGCAGCUGGUGAGUGAGUGGAAACCUGUGGUGGAGAAGCUCCUUUCAAUGUCCUACAGGCUUUCCGCUGUGGUGUCUCCCGUCAUUCAGAGCUCUUCCCCAGAAGGCCUCAUCCCAAUGGACACUGAUUCAGAAUCAGCAAGCCGCUUACAGACGAUUCUGAAUGAGAUUCAGCCACGAGAUACUAAUGAUUACUUCAAUCAAGCCAAAAUAUUGAAAGAACGGGAUAGCUUUGACUUCGAGGACUUGAAUGCCAGUGUACCGAAUAUCGAUGCUUCUGCAGAAAUCAAAGGUAAAGAAGGGAAAACAUGUGAUGUAACUGCUCAGAUGGUACUGGUAUGCUGUUGGAGAAGUAUGAAGGAAGUCGCUUUACUUUUAGGCACACUGUGCCAGCUUCUACCCAUGCAGCCUGUGCCAGCGUCUCCUGAUGGAUUACUGACGGUGGAGCAGGUAAAAGAAAUAGGAGAUCACUUUAAACAACAUCUUCUACAGUCCAGGCACAGAGGAGCAUUUGAACUGGCUUACACUGGCUUUGUGAAACUCACUGAAAUACUCAACAGGUGCCCUAAUGUGAGUCUGCAAAAGCUCCCAGAACAGUGGUUAUGGAAUGUUUUAGAGGAAAUUAAAAGCAGUGAUCCUUCAUCUAAACUCUGUGCUACAAGGCGCAGUGCUGGAAUUCCCUUCUACAUACAGGCACUGUUGGCAUCUGAACCUAAGAAAGGCAAAAUGGAUUUGUUGAAGAUAACAAUGAAAGAGUUAAUCUCUUUGGCUGGGCCUACAGAUGACUCACAGAGCACGGUCCCCCAGGUUCAUGCUUUAAAUAUCCUUAGAGCCUUGUUCAGAGAUACACGUCUGGGAGAAAAUAUUAUUCCUUAUGUUGCUGAUGGAGCUAAGGCUGCAAUUCUGGGCUUCACAUCACCAGUCUGGGCAGUGAGAAAUUCAUCCACACUUCUCUUCAGUACCUUGAUCACAAGAAUAUUUGGAGUUAAAAGGGGAAAGGAUGAACUUUUCAAAAAAAACACAAUGACAGGGAGUGAAUUUUUCUCACGUUUCCCAGAGCUCUAUCCUUUUCUUCUCAAACAGCUGGAAGCUGUGGCGGAUACUGUGGACAGUGAUCUAGGAGAACUAAACCGCCAUCCCAGCAUGUUUCUCUUACUUUUGGUGUUGGGGCGACUGUACCCCUCCCCGAUGGACGGCACCUAUUCUGCUCUUAGCAUGGCACCUUUCGUUCCCUUCAUUAUGAGAUGUGGCUGCUCACCUGUCUACCGCUCCCGUGAAAUGGCAGCUCGUGCCUUGGUCCCAUUUGUUAUGAAAGACGAAAUCCCUGACACCAUCCGAGCUCUGUUGGCCAAACUCCCCAACUGCACUGACCAGUGUUUCCGGCAAAACCAUAUUCAUGGGACACUUCUCCAGGUAUUUCAUUUGUUACAAGCCUUCUCAGACUCCAAAUACAGAAUGAAUGCACACUUUCAGCAGGAGCUGGCUGACGUUGCUGUUUGUACCCAAGCCAAACUCUGGCUGGCUAAGAGGCAAAACCCAUGCUUGGUGACGAGAGCUGUAUAUAUUGAUAUUCUCCUCCUGUUGACUCGCUGCCUUGACAAACUCACAAAAGGCAACCAGCCAGUUCUGGAUCAUCUUGGCUUCUGGGAAGAAAUCAGAAAGAUCAUCUCAGGAUCAGAAUUGAUAACGGGAUUCCCCUACACCUUCACGGUGCCGGGCCUGCCCCAGUACCUCCAGAGCAUCACCAAACUCGCUAUUGCCACAGUCUGGGCCGUGGCGGCCCAGGCCGGAGAGCACACCAGGGAUGGUCCCAUCUCCUUCUCGCAGCUGUUAGAGUCUUCCUUCCCUGAAGUGCGCUUGCUGACGCUGGAAGCCCUGUUGGAAAGGUUUUCAGCAGCAGCCUCUUGCUUAGGAGACAAGGAACUGCCCCCCUUGCUGUGGAAUAUGGGAGGGACAUUCUUGAUAUUGGCUAUGAAGGAAAAUCACCCAGAAUGCCUCUGCAAGAUACUGAAAAUUCUCCAUUGCAUGGACCCCAGUGAAUGGCUUCCCCAGACAGAAUGCUGUAUCCAUCUAACCCCAAAGGAGUUCUUGAACUGGACAAUGGAUAUUGCUUCCAAUGAAAGGUUUCUCAUCUCUAAUUCCAUGUCAGCCCUGAUGGCAUCUUUUGAACUGCUGUACAUUUUGUGCUUUCAGACCAGGGACUCAGUAACCCCCAAGCUGAAGCAGUGGGUUCAGUUGGUCGUCUCAUCCUGUGGAGAUCAUCUUCCCACAGAGUCCAGGCUGGCCGCUGCCGAAAUCCUCACCAGCACCACGCCAUUUUUCCUCACCAACCCCCACCCCAUUCUUGGACUGCAGGACACACUUGCUCUCUGGAGAUGUGUCCUCACCCUCCUGCAGAGCGAGGAGCAAGCCAUCAGAGACGCAGCCACGGAAACGGUGACAACCGCCAUGUCACAAGAAAACACCUGCCUGUCAACAGAAUUUGCCUUCUGUCAGGUGGAUGCCUCCAUCGCCCUGGACCUGGCCCUGGCAGUGCUAUGUGACCUGCUCCAGCAGUGGGACCAGCUGGCUCCUGGACUCCCAGUCCUGCUGGGAUGGCUGUUGGGAGAGGGCGAUGACCUCAUGGUCUGUGUGGAGAGCGUGCAUCAGGCGGAAGAAGACUACCUGUUUGAAAAAGCAGAAGUCAACUUUUGGGCUGAGUCCCUGAUCUUCGUGAAAUACCUCUACAAGCACCUCUCCCGUCUCCUCUCCACGUCCAGCUGGAAUCCCCUCAGCCCUGAGAGCCUCUGUCAUCUUCAAAGGACAACAUCUGAGCAGUGCCACCUCCUCUCCCAGCUCUUCAGAGAACUGCCCCCAACGGCCGAGUUCCUGAAGACAGUGGAGUUCACAAGACUGCGCCUUCAGGAGGAAAGGACACUGGCUUGCCUGAGACUGCUGGCCUUUCUGGAAGGAAAGGAAGGGAAAGACGCGCUAGUUCUCAGUGCUUCGGACUCUCGGGCACAAGCAAAUCAGUUACCUCUUCCAGGAACACAAACGGCUUGUUGAAGAUAGGAGGCUUUGGGGGUGGGGGUAAGGUGGCUGAGUCCCCCACUAAACCUGCAGGCAAUGUGUGGAACAUAAAUUCAAAUAUUUUUUUCCCCUUCACACCUCCCCCACUUCUGUGAGUCUAGUCUUCCUACAGAGGAGUUUUUCUUCAGUUCACUCAUUCAAGGCAGACUGGUUUAUUGCAGCUACUGUAGGAAGUGAGGCUACCAUGUUGAAUAUUUACUCUGUUCCCAGGUGCAGGCCACCUGCAGGCCUGAAUUAGCCUUUUUCGUCCCCCAGGACCUCUAAUGUCCAGCCAUAGCCGGCCGGCAUUUUCUAUGAAUUGACUACACAGAAUUUUAACACAUGCUUCCCCCUGCCUCGCCCCCCCCCCCUUAUUUGGCUGGAUGUAGGAGCUGGAUUAGUUGGCAAACAGCCCAUUUGGUCAGAAUUCCAAAUUUUAUUCCAUUUUAGCUAAAGCAGAAAUAUGUUCCAAAUGUUGGAUCCUGAGAAUAUUAAGGAUCAACUUCAUACAAAUAGUUCUGUUUUUAUUGUCUGCAUGUGUGAGUCCUGCAGUGACCUACACAUGACAGUGACAUCCUAAUUAUUAAAAGAGCCACUGAGAGCUUCUACCCUGUCUCCCCCGAAAAGUGUUUGUGCUAAUGCUGGGGUACCUGAUUUUGCCACCCAGUGAAAGCAUAGACUCUUCUUGGCUGUUAGAAGGAAACUGAGGAAAGGAGAGCCAGAAUAAUUGAUUUAUUUUAUGCCUACAUUAUUUACUAUCAUUUUCUUGGUGGCAAUAACAAGAAGUUUCUCAUUUAAGAUGCCAGAAAACACGCUUAGCAUUUCAGUAAUUGAAUCUAGAAACCUUCAGGGUUUUCUGCCUUCCCAAGCCCAGCUGUCUUCCUCAGACACCCAGCAGGUGUCACUCUUGUAUACAUUUUGCCGCUGGUCUUGUUUUUCAUUGGCUUGUCAUUUUUAAUUUGUAAUUUCAGAAUAAGUAUAACCCACAGACAGUUAUCUUGAAAUCCAUAGCUUGGAUGGGUCGUAGCCUCCUUCACAUUCGUUUUUCAUCCUAGUCAUCUGAAAAAGCCAUUUCAGUAAUAGUAGACAUGGUCCAGCUUUGAGGGUCUGUAAGUAUUUUUAAAUACUUCUCAGGUGAGCAGUCACUUAGAAUUAUUUUAUUGAUGUUUGAGGGUCUGAAGGGGCAGUUUAGAGGAGAGAGAGUUUGAUUUGAUCAUUUCCUACUGCAGAAAUGCUUAUAUUUCAAAUAUAAUUUGUCUCUCUGUGAAAGAAAACCACCUAAUACUAACAACAGCCAUACUGGAAGUACAGAGAAAGGGCUCUGUAGGAAAAGGCAGGGAGAAGUUAGCUUAGUGUCCAAAGUUUUGUUCUGAAAAGGAAAUUCCCUGGGUGCCUGGGUGGUUUUGCAAUCAGCUCAAAAUGUGUGUGUGUGUGUGUGUGUGUGUGUGUGUGUGUGUUCCUAAAUUACUUGGUUAGGCAUCUGUUGUAGCCCACACUUGAUGGAAAGUUGCCAACCCAACAUUUCUUUUGUUCUGAGAAGACCUGGCUGGUGAGAAGUCAGGGAAUUGUUGGCAUAAUGUGGUGAUAACCAGGAUAGAGUCAUUAUUAAACUGACUCCAGCAAAGCUCAGUUAUUGGAAAAGGCCAGCGUUCCUUUUUUCUCCAUUUAAAAUGAAAUAAAAGCAGUUACAUAGUAAUAAAUAUAUAUCACACCAGCAGGUACUCUGUACCAAAGCAUGUUGUACCAUAGCAUGUUUACAUGUUAUCUCCAGAACCCUGCAAAGCCUGCAAAGUGGGUGUUCUCAGAGCUGUUGACUAGAAAGUACCCCCAGGUUUUGAUCUUGGCUGGCUAUGGCCAGCCUGGGAGGGCGAGAGGGCAGGAGGGACAGAUGUGUCACUGGUUUUGUAUCUGAAAUCUGGUUGCUGACCUCCAAUAGCAGUGGCUAGGGAAAUGGCUAUCUCACACUUUUCUGAUGCAUUCCCAGAGGAACUAUAGAAUAUCUUCCUGUCAGAGCCACCCUCAAAAUGGCUUGCUUGGGGUCAUUUCUACAAAGAACAAAACAGAACAGUCCGGGUUCUUCAAGUGUCAGCCUCAGAAGCCCAGCCCUAUGUAAAGGCUGGGGUAGGCUGAGUCAUAAGUGAAGUAGUCACUUCUUCUGAGGUCACUACCCUAGAGUCCAUGCUCUAGGGUCCAAGAUUUGGUGACCCCUAGCUCUGCAUUCAUGAUUCUGUGGAGCUCUACCUGUCUGGCCAUAGUCCAGAGGCCUGGUUUUCUCCAUUUUUAUGCUUUGUCAAUUUGCUUUAAUAAAUAAGAUGGAUUACACUUGUUUAGCUUUUAACACCUUAACAGAUAACUCAUUUGCACUUUGAUAAAGGUGAGAGAUGAGUAAAGCUGGAAUUAUCUUAGUUUUACCAAAAAACCCAAGUACCAAAGAGAUUGUGUGAUUUGCCUAAAAUCAAAUGGCUAGUAAGGGGCAGGGUCUGAACUCCAAGCCCAAAGUUUCUGAUCCUCAAGUCCUUGAAGCCCUACUCUGACUCUAACUCCAACUCCCUGGGCAGGUGUUGGGAGGAGAACAGCAGUAGACACUGCAUUCAAGCUGAACUCUUAAGGAGUCAGUGACAGGCCUAGCUCCUUCCUUUCCAGGUUGACUGAGAGAAGGAAUGAGAACCAAAUGGAAACGAGGGCAAGGAAACAGCAAAAAAUAAGAUCAAUUUGUGAAGGGGGCGUGGUUCCCAUAGCUUCCUUCCCUGGUGGGUACUAGACCUUCCAACUUGGGCCCAGUUGCAGCCUAGGCUGCCAGGUAUGCGAAAUCAUGGGCCUGCGUCCAUAUUUUUGGCAGCAUACUUACAGACGGGCUGGGGGG